AUGUAUCUAUCGUUAGAAGAGACCACAGCUCUUAAAGGGCUUAGGGCACACCGUGCUACUCGUCGACCUUCAUUUGUCGUAACGAGACCAUCAUAUCUAUCUAUCUAUCUAUCUAUCUAUCUAUCUAUCUAUCUAUCUAUCUCAGUGUGUUGCCGGCAUGUCCCAACAACAUCGCUUUCUUUACAUUUGUUUCGUCUGCUCAAGAGAGCCGUGUUGAGGAAAACGCAACAUUACUACAGUAGUAAUACGUCUCGACCAUUUCUUCCACUCGGGGAAUAUACAGGUGUAACGCGGAGACUAGUUCUUGGGAUAGAGACGAGCUGUGAUGACACCGGAGCCGCUGUAGUGGACAACUGGGGUCGUGUCCUUGGAGAAGGUCUUCAUUCCCAAACUUCUACUCACGUAGAACUUGGUGGAAUCCUCCCACCAAUUGCUCAACAGCUUCAUCAAGUAAACAUUGAAAAUGUUGUUACAACAGCAAUAAAGGAGUCUGGAGUCAGUUACCAAGAUAUUGAUGCCAUUGCUGUCACAGUGAAACCUGGUCUCCCUCUCUCAUUACGUGUUGGUCUUCAGCAUGCAAAGCAGCUUGUUUUGGAACACAGAAAACCAAUGAUUCCCAUUCAUCACAUGGAAGCCCAUGCACUUACUGGUCGCAUGAUAGAACAAGUUGAAUAUCCUUUUCUUGUUCUUUUGGCAAGUGGUGGUCACUGUCUUCUGGCUGUGGCCAAAGAUGUGGAAGAUUUUGUUCUGUUGGGAACUAGUCUGGAUAAUGCCCCAGGUGAUGCCUUUGACAAGGUGGCUCGAAGCUUAAAGUUGAAAAACCUGAAAGAAUGCUUCGGUUUGAGUGGAGGGGCAUCUGUAGAACUGGUUGCUCAAAAUGGAGAUCCAAAUGCCUUCAGUUUUCCACAGGUGAUGGUAAAGUCUGCAGACUGCAAUUUCUCAUUUGCAGGAAUCAUUUCUUUGAUGCACAGGUAUAUUGCUGACUGUGAAAAAAAGCAAAAUAUCCAAGGAGAUGGUGUCAUUUCAAAUGUUGCUGAUUUGUGUGCUUCCUUCCAGUGUGGUGUCCUGAAACAUUUGGCCAAACGACUCCAAAGAGCCCUUGUUUUUACAGAAAUGACUGGCCUAUUGCGACAAGAGAAAACACUGAUAUUGUCUGGUGGAGUUGCCAGUAACCAAUUUUUGGUGAAGCACUUGAGAAAACUCUGUGAUCAGUACAACUGUCGACUUGUGUGUCCACCUCCCAAACUUUGCACAGACAAUGGCAUCAUGAUUGCUUGGAAUGGAAUGGAAAAGUUGGUACGUGGAUUGGGUGUGGCUGAAGACCCUGAAAAAGUAGACAUUCAAGCCAAGUGUCCAUUGGGUGAAAAUCUUACAGAAAGAAUCAUUAACACAAAAAUGAAGCUCGCAAGAUUGAAACUUUUAUAA